AUGCCAUCAGCCAAGCUACCCAAUAAGACUGACCAAGAUGUGGGGGAUCGGAUCCCCAAGCUCCCGCGGCCGUGGACCGAGACCAUCUCGCCCCUCGAUAGCACGAACCUGGGAGUAGCGCUCGUGGCAUUCUGCCAGAAAAGCGCGGUGGAUCCAGAGCAUUUCCGCUGGGUGCUGCAGCCGGAUUCCAGAGGGAUAGAUCCCGCCUUCGGGGCGCGGACCCUCCGUACACGGUCCAGCGUUGUAUCCAGCGAGAGCCCGGUGGUCCAUAUGUGCGUGCCGGCUACGCACCUGCAGGCGCUGGGUUGGGCGCUGGCGAAGGACGAGGUGGACAAGGUGAAGGUCCUGACUGCGUGCGGCAUCGAGCCUCUGACGCCGGUCUUCCAGGGAUCCAUGCUGCUAGGGACGGCGAUCCUCGCCGAGGCGAAGAAUGUGAUCCGGUGCCUGUACCAGCUCUACAGACGAAGCCCGGAGACGAAGGCGCAUUUGACUGGGUUGAAGAACUUGACUGGGCGGGUUGUCUAUCGCCCGUUGGGUCUGGCGGCGGCCAUGAAGAACAGAGGCUUGAUGGAUCUUCUCCUGAAGCUGCAGGGUGGCCUCAGCGAGAGGAAGGAUUGGGUGACAGACCCUCUCUCGUAG